CGUGACAUUUUCUGUUACGCCUUUACUAUGCGCCAAAGAUGGCUGCACUAGCAGUGGUGGAGACUCCGUCCGGGAGGGAUGCGAUUGCAGAGGGACUACUCGACCUUUUGAAACCAGCUGUCCAGCAGCUUGACCUGCAUGUACACUCUGUGAGGGAGAGCCAAGUGGAAUUGCGAGAACACAUUGACAAUUUAGCCACAGAGCUAUGCAGAAUAAAUGAACACCAGAAGGUGGCACUAGAUCUUGACCCGUAUGUCAAAAAGCUUUUAAAUGCAAGACGUCGGGUGGUGUUGGUCAACAACAUUCUUCAAAAUGCUCAGGAGCGUCUACGAAGGCUUAAUCACAAUGUAGCAAAAGAGACAGCCCGCAGGAAGACCAUGCUGGAGACUUCUGGAGUGUUUACGCCUCGUUCACCCAACAAACCAUAACUAACUCUUGUUAACCUGAAAUAAAUGUUAGGACACUGGCAGUUUUCCAUGUCUGUUCACUUGCUGAAAUGCAUGUUAUAAUACAAACAUAUGGGGUAAUUCGCUGGUUGUCACAGCUAGAAUUCCGGCGAGCAUUGCUACAUAAAAAGUUGAUGGAAUUAAACAUCAGACUGCACUAGUUAAAUGCAUUUAAUAUGAUGCAAUUAAGGUAAACUUAAUCACGUUUUUGCUCCUCUUUUUGGAUGUGUAUGUCUUAGUUCAACUCGAGACUGCAGUUUCUAUAGGCAAGAAAAUCUAGUUGCAAUAUUACUGAUGACUAAGUUGUCCAUCAUCAUUUGUAAGAAAUAAAUCCCUUUGUCAUGUUUCUAUCCAACUUUGUAAAACCCUUUCUGCAUAGCCAAGUUCGUAAAGAUCUGACAAAUCUGUA